UCCACUCGAACGGAACAGCCUCCUCGGAUCGGAGCCGGAAACACCUUUCUCUCGUGAUUGCGGGCGGUGUACCAGUGUUGGAAGUGAAGAAGGAUUCACAUUGGAGGUUCCAGGGGGGAAGUUCAAGUGCACGACAAACGGUCGGAUGGUUGGUCGGAGCAGGGUCUUCUUCCUUCAAGUGAAAGUGAAAGGUGUGUGCCGUCGUCGUUGAAGUCGGAGUCGGCAGUUGACGAGCCGCCGAUAGACGGAAGUCGUCGCGACGUUUUUUGUGUGUGGUUUAGAGGCAUAGGCAGUGAAUAAAUGGGGUGAAUCGUGGGUGUAAUUCAGUUCGAAUAGAUAAUUCAUGCCGAAUUGUUGGAAUUAGUUGGAAAACGUUUGAGGCGCACAUUUGCGGUUUUACGUCUGUGGGUUGGUUCAGUAUCGAUCGCUGGAAGCGAUAUUGCAGAUAAGCCUUUGGAUUUGGUGGAAAGAUUGUGAGUUUUGGGAAAUUUAUUCGAUUUUGUUAUUGAAAGGUGGAAGUAGUGUUUUGUGAAAACCAAGGAGACCGAAUUGAAUUACACCGUAAAUAAAUAGGUCAUGUGUGUCCAAGCAGUGUCGGAAUUGAAGUUGGAUAGAUUAAUUUGAUUUAGUAGUGGAAGUGUAAUUGUGCUAAGAAAAAAUCCAUCUUAGAUGGCGCUGCUUUGUUGGAGGAAUCUACUUCGUCGGAGGGUGUGUUUACCGACGACGCGACAGUGAAUGCUGGGAUGUGUACCCGCCGUCAGUGAUUCUCGUCUGUCUAAUUAAGAGUUUUGAGAGUGAAAACGUGAAGAGUUUCCGAUGUGAGAGAGUAGCAAAUCAAAGUGUGCUUUGCGGAUGAAGCGUUCCCAUUAGAAACCCAACGCCAUGAAAUCGAAGGAGACCGUGCCGGAAGCGAUUCCGGCCGUGGUGGCCCAGAUGAUUCUGGGCAGUUUCGAGGCCCAUAACCGCUCGGCCAACGUGGACUACAGCAGUCCGGUGCUGAAGCCGGUGGUUGCGCGGAUCUAUCCGAUUUUUAUCCUACUGUACUUUGUUCCGGCUGCCCUGGGGAUCGCCAGCAACGUGCUGGUCGUGAUGUACAUCAGCAAGUACAAACUGUACCGGGAGGCGACGCAGGCUUUCAUGGUGAAUCUGGCCGUGUGCCAUAUCGUGCAGUGCGCGUUCGUGCUUCCGAUCACGCUGAUGGUGAUGCUGAUCCAGAACUGGGUCUUCGGCCAGUUCCUGUGCUUCUUUCUGCCGCUGCUGCAGGUAAGUGGAACAAAUGUUUGCAACUUCUUUUCACGGUCGCCAAGUUGA